UAAAUCACAUAGAGCUCCACCGACUCUCAGUUUGCAUCCUCCUCUCUGCUCACUCGCUCUGAGCUCCCUCUGUCUCUCCUCCUUUCUGCAUCUGCUGGUUACUCUCCCCGUCAACCUUGUGAGGGUGUCUUCCCCUGAUCAUCUGCAACAGUUUUUCAACUAAAGAAAUACAAACUUUUUUUCUCCAAAGCUUGCGAGACACUGAGACCCAACUGUCACCAUGGAGGCCAUCAAGAAGAAGAUGCAGAUGCUGAAGUUGGACAAGGAGAACGCCAUCGACAGGGCAGAACAGGCCGAGUCCGACAAGAAGGCAGCCGAGGAUAAAUGCAAACUGCUGGAGGAUGAGCUGCUCGCUCUGCAGAAGAAACUGAAGGGAACAGAGGAUGAGCUUGACAAGUACUCGGAGGCCCUGAAGGAUGCUCAGGAGAAACUGGAACUGUCGGAGAAGAAGGCCGCAGAUGCGGAGGGCGAUGUGGCAUCUUUGAACCGCAGGAUCCAGCUGGUGGAGGAGGAGUUGGACCGUGCUCAGGAGAGACUGGCUACAGCCCUUCAGAAACUGGAGGAGGCUGAGAAGGCUGCAGAUGAGAGUGAAAGAGGCAUGAAGGUGAUUGAGAACAGAGCCAUGAAAGACGAGGAGAAGAUGGAGAUCCAGGAAAUGCAACUCAAAGAAGCCAAACACAUCGCUGAGGAGGCAGACCGCAAAUACGAGGAGGUUGCCCGCAAACUGGUAAUCCUUGAGGGUGAGCUGGAGAGAGCAGAAGAGAGGGCAGAAAUUGCAGAACUUAAGUGUGCUGACCUGGAAGAAGAGCUGAAGAACGUCACCAACAACCUCAAGUCGCUAGAGGCUCAGUCUGAUAAGUACUCUGAGAAAGAAGACAAGUAUGAGGAAGAGAUUAAAGUCCUGAAUGACAGACUUAAGGAGGCGGAGACCCGUGCAGAAUUCGCAGAGAGGUCCGUGGCUAAGCUGGAAAAGACCAUCGAUGACUUAGAAGAGAACCUAUCGAAAGAAAAAGAGCAAAACGUAGGAAUGCACCAAGUCCUGGACCAAACACUGCAGGAGCUCAAUAGCUUGUAAAAUUCCAUGAAGAUCAAACAAAUAAAAAAAAAACAAAUUUUUUUUGUUUUGUGAAAGAUUUUCUACAUGCCAUCCAUUCUCUGUAAUUUCACUAUUAUUCCUAAACACGUACCCCUUUUAUAUAUUUAUGGUUCUUUUUGUUUCUUUUCCCUUUUAUUUUUUUUUUAAUUUUAUUUUUUUUUUUAAUGGUUUUGGGACCAUAUGAUAAUCAGUUUUGGUGCUAGAAAUUGUGUUGUAGACCAAACUCUGAGCACAAAUUAAACUGAACAUGAUGAUAAAGUGA